AGAAAGUAAUAUAUGAAUAUUUUAACUCUAAUAUGUGAUAAAAGUGCAUAGAAGAAAGGUGUUUGACUUUUGAUUGAAUCUGUUGUACCUUUCACAAAUCUAACCAGUUCGCUUGAAACCCUUGCCGAUAUAGCUGAAAGUGCCAACGAGGAUUCCUCGUGUUCUACGAAGCUUAAACGAUCAACGACUGCGUAAUCAUGAAAAUCGCCGUGAUCGGCGCCGGAGCUGCAGGACUCGCUGCACUCCGACACUGCGUUUCCGGUACUUACGGCGAUCAGGUGGUGUGCUACGAAAAAACAGACCAAAUCGGCGGGACUUGGGUCUAUCGAGAGCAAACUGGUUUCGAUAGAUACGGUUUACCGAUUCACACUAGCAUGUACAAGAGCCUCAGAGCUAAUCUACCGAAGGAGGUAAUGGGCUAUCCAGAUUUUCUGAUACCGGAAGGACCCGUGAGCUAUCCAACGCGCACGCAGAUAUUGGAUUUCUUGAAUAUAUAUUGUGAUCAUUUUAAGCUACGCCCUUACAUUCGGUUGCUGCAUCAUGUAGAGCUGGUGGAGCCGGUUGCGGGGAACCGGAAGUGGUCGGUCAAGGUCAAGGACUUUCAGAAUGACGCGGUCGCGAUCGAGUCGUUCGAUGCAGUUAUGGUGUGCAAUGGCCAUUACUUUGAACCCAUGAUCCCGAACAUACCUGGCCAGAACAUCUUUACGGGCAAGCAGAUACACAGCCACGAUUACAGGGUUCCCGACUUUUUCAACGGCAAGAAAGUUGUUGUCAUGGGAGCUGGUCCUUCCGGAAUGGAUUUGGCGUUGGAGAUAUCCAAGAAUGCGAAUCGCGUGAUAUUGAGUCAUCACCUGACCGAGACCAUCGACACCGUGUUUCCCGAGAAUGUCGUGCAGAAAGGUGACGUAGUGGAAUUGACGGAACGCGAGGUGGUUUUUGCGGACGGGACGAAGGAGCAGGUUGAUGUCGUCUUCUAUUGUACAGGCUACAAGUACAGCUUCCCCUUUCUCGCCGAGUCCUGUGGAGUGCGAGUGGAUUCCAACAUGGUCACGCACCUUUGGAAGCAUCUGGUGUGCAUAGAGAACCCUACUUUGGCAUUGAUUGGCCUUCCAUUCUACGUUUGCGCCUUUAGUAUGUUCGAUUUGCAGGUGCGAUUCGUCCUACGACACUGGCACGGCGAGAGGCAGUUUCCCGCCCAAGCGGAUAUGCUGCGCUCCGAAGCGGAGGAAGCAGCGAGACGCGCCGAGAGAGGACUGCAGAAGAGACACUUUCACAUGAUGGGUCCUGAGCAAGAACACUAUUACAGUGACCUGGCGAAUGUCGCGGGCAUCACGCCGCUGCCACCCGUGCUCUCGAAACUCCACAACGAGAGCAGUAUGCGCUUCCUGAAAGACCUCGUGCACUUUCGGGAGGAUCGUUACAAGAUCAUCGACGAUUACAAUUUCGUUCAACUUUCACGUUGAGGCGGUAGAUACAAUUAUUUAAAAGAUUAAAUUCC